GCUUGCGUACCACAACAGCCGCCAUACGAACAUCCCCAUAGCCAUACGAACAUGAGCGCCUCUCAGCUGUGAUCUGGACAUCUUCCUCGCACCCUCGCGGGGCUCAUAUGAUCCCUCACGACUCUCUCGCUUCAUCAUGUUUCUCUCCCGCCUGUUCCUCGUGCUUAGUCCGCUGCUGAGCCGCGCGGCUGCAUACCAUAAGCUCAGCGACGAGACCCUGAAGCAACUUCCACGCCCGGGAGCGGAGUUCGAUAUCAAAAAUGGGGCUUUGCUGGCUCCCAUCCUCCGCCCGAGAGUGUCUGGGACCGAAGGCAACGUCGCCGUUCGCCAGCACUUUGUCGACUUCUUCCGGAACAACCUCCCCGAGUGGACACUCGAGUUCCACAACUCGACUUCCCCGACGCCGACGAGCAAUGGGAAAGAAGUCCCCUUUGUGAACCUCAUACUGACGCGGGAUCCGCCCGGUACCCAUGUCGGCGACGUGGGCAGAUUGACCAUGGUGGCACACUACGACAGCAAGUUGACUCCAAAGGGCUUCAUUGGCGCGACCGACAGCGCGGCGCCGUGUGCGAUGCUGAUGCACAUGGCCAAAACAAUAGAUGCCGCUUUGACCAAGAGGUGGAAGGCCAGUGGGAGCGGGUUGGAUGACCUAGACGGCCCCAAAGGUGUCCAGAUUCUCUUGCUAGACGGAGAGGAGGCAUUCAAGAGUUGGACCGACACAGACAGCUUGUAUGGCUCAAGAGCCCUCGCAGAAGAUUGGGAGUACUCAUUCCACCCCGCCAUGUCCACCUACCGCAACCCCCUCGAUGCCAUCUCGCUAUUCGUACUGUUGGACCUACUCGGCUCCAAGAACCCAACCGUCCCCUCAUACUUCAAAACAACGCACUGGGCAUACAAAAACAUGGCAGACAUCGAAGCCCGCCUCCGGAAGCUGGGUUUAUUCAAAUCAUCCCCCAAUCACCCGGCCAACAUGGCCAAGCGGAAGAACAAGAAGCCACGCAGAGAACCGAACUUUUUGACUGAGGCGGACAAAAAGGACGGUUCUUUCCUAGGCGGUGGCAUUGAAGACGACCACGUCCCUUUCAUGGCUCGUGGCGUGGACAUUCUUCACAUCAUUCCCUCGCCAUUCCCCAAAGUAUGGCACGAGCUUAUCGAUGACGGAGAGCACUUAGACAUGAACACGGUCGAAGACUGGACUGUCCUAGUCGCGGCAUUCGUUGCGGAAUGGAUGGAGUUGGACGAGUUCUUCGAUUUCAAGGCGGGGAAGCGGGAGGAGAAGGUCAAGGCAGAGACGGUACAUGAGCAGGGGAAAACGGAAUUCGAGAUACCCUAGUUUCUUCUUGCUUCUUGGAAGCAUACAUGCUUAACUGAAUCCAAUUUUGUCUAUUGUUAGCUUUUUGGGCCGCUCGACUCGUGUUUUAUCUGCUUGAUGGCUAUCUUUGUACAUCAUCACCCGCAGACUAACCGAAAGUGGCCGGGCCGCACAGCAGGACAAAGGAUUAUCUGCUAGCAUGAGGUCAAUGAAUGACU